AACCCCAAUCGCCAAUAACCCAUCCUUUCUCUUCCCUUGCUUCUUCUCCCACCGCCUCCGCUCCCAUACCACCAAUCUUUCUGCAAAAAUUACGACUUUUUGAUUCCAACACACUGCGUUUCACUGAGCAGGGUUCAGGUAUCAAGCAUAUAUUAGGCUUAUGGACUCUCUAAUUGAUCAAUCUGGGAGAAGAGAAAAAUUAAACUUAAACUGGGAGGAUGCCUUUCGUUUGUAUGAGCAUUCAAUUGCAUGUGAGAAUGAGGUUUUACGGGUUCAAGCCACAAUUAAGCUUGCUCGGAUGUCCAAACAUGCACCUGAGACUAUAUUGGAGCGCUCAGUCCCUAUCCUUGUACAGUUGCUUACAAGCCCGAUCUCUGAUCUAAAUCCUUCAAUUCAUGAAGCCUCUGCAUACUGCCUAAAAUGUAUUGCUUGUGAAUAUCAAGGUAGAUUGGCCCUACUUAUUGGUGAAUCUGGGGCCGUUCCUUCUAUAUUAAGAUUACUAUUGCAUUCUGAAGGGAGUUUGCAGAGAACUUUAUUAAAAUGCCUCAGGAAUCUUGUUACAUUUGCUGAGCGUAACCGCAUAAUUGUAUUUAGAAGUGGCGGGCUGGAAAUUGUUGUCAGUAUGUUGAAUGCCUGUCCUGAUGGUCUCGAAUCUUACUUGUUGGAAAUAUUGAGUGCGUUGGCUCUUUCAAGAGAGGUAAGGAGACGGGCUAUUUUCACUUCAGGUGGUGUGCGGUUUCUGAUUGAAUCUGCCAGGAGAGGCAGAAUGCUAUCUAGGCGCCGGGCAGCUCAGGCAAUUGGGUUACUCGGAUUAGUAAAGAGCGCAAGGCCUACACUCGUAGCCUCGGGUGCCAUACAAGCGCUUUUGGAAUUACUUCAGGUAGGAGACGCCUCGACAAAAUUGGUAGCUGGUAAUGCACUCGGUGUCAUAUCAUCCCAUGUUGAUUAUAUUAGGCCUGUAGCUCAAGCUGGGGCGAUUCCUUUGUAUGUCGAGCUUCUUCAAGGACCCGAACCCAUGGGGAAGGAGAUAGCGGAGGACGUGUUUUGCAUCUUAGCAAUUGUUGAAGAAAACGCCGUUAUAAUUGCCGAACACUUGGUUAGAAUCCUACAAGGAGAUAACGCUGGAGCUAAAGCAGCUGCUGCUGACGUGUUGUGGGAUCUCUCCGGUUACAAACAUUUACAACAUAUUCUCCGUAACUCAAAUGCAAUUCCCAUUCUCGUGGAGCUUUUGCAAGAUCAAAACGUUAAUGUAAGGGAAAAGGUCUCUGGGGCCAUCGCCCAGUUGAGUUAUAACGAAGCGGAUAGAGUUGCUCUCGCUGAUUCGGGAGCAAUUCCGGUUCUAAUUAAUAUGCUGCAAGAUGAACUGGAGGAUUUGAGAGAUAAUGCUGCAGAAACUCUCGUUAACUUCUCGGAGGAUCCUUUACUGCGCGAUAGAAUAUCAAGCGUCGUGGAUAGUCCUGCAUUCCACAGUAUGCAGAUCCGAUUGAUGCAAAUUCGCGCCUCUGAUGUACAUGUGGCUUCGUCUUUAAGGAAUAUUAGUAUCGAGCACCUGACUGGUGACCCUUCUCUUAACUGAACUUUGUUUACAGAUUAGUAUAUACAUAUUCCCUCAGCAUUAUUCCUGUAACUCUGUAAGUGACAUUCUCAACACCGAGAGAGUGAAAUAAAUACAAACGCCAUUUUGUCUCUAACGCAAAGGACUCUGGAUUGUGAUUACAUUUUGCCAGGGCUGUAUCUAUAUCCUACAAUUCUACAAAUAACCAUUACAGAUGACUUUGGAGGAUUGCAACGUGGUACAAUUAAUGACAAGAGCGUGUAGACGGAAUACAACAAUCAAGCUCCAAACUCGCAUUUCCAACUUUCUUUCUUAUUAAGCUCGUCAGUCCAGCUGCAUCAACCGCCUCUCCUAUCACCACUAUUUGAUUACACUUCUCCUCUCCCUGUAGUGCCACCGAGAACGAAAGGAAUAUAGCAGAUGAGGAGGAGAAGGUGGGUGUAUAUAUAGCAAUGCCCCCAACAUCUUGGCUCAAGAAUCUGCCAUGUUCCUCUUACACCGGUUUGAAUCAAGCUUAGACAAAAAAAAAAUUAGAAUAAAACCAAAAAGAAAGGGGGAAAAGUAGAAGAAAGGAAACUUGAGAUGAAGCCUGCAUGUGAAGAGUUGAAGGCCAUGAGAUAUGAGCUUGCUUCUUCAGCGAUGAUGAUGAUGUUUAGACUUUUGUGUUCAUUUUUUUUUUAAUUUUUUUUUUUUACAUAUUAUAAUUGGCUAUGUGCCUUUUGCUUCUAAUGCCGUUUACUUAAUUUUGUGAAGAACAGCCUGGAUUUAGUAUUGUAAUUAAUGCGUAAAUUCCCUUCUUUUCCAAUCAAGAACAGCCCAAGAAGAGUUG